AUGUCUUUGACGCUGCUUUCACUUUCACCGCGAUCGAUACCCCGUAAUCUGGUACAACGCAACCUGCUCUACCCUGUCUACGACUUUCUUGCGCCCAGCACCACAAGCGCACCACACCAAUCCCCGCGCUUCACCAGCACAACCGCCGCGCCACAGCCCCCGCCGUCGUCGCAACAAUCGCGCCCGCCAUUACAACCACAGAACAAUGGCAAAAACCCUAUACGACCGCUCAGCCAGGAGCAGCAAGAAUUCCUCUCUUCGGCUUUGCGCGUGAACCAAACGGGUGAACUCGCCGCCAUCUUGAUAUACGCUGCCCAGUCACCCGUCAUCACCCGCUCUCACCCUCACCUGCGGCCUCUCAUGAAGCACAUGUACGACCAGGAAGCAGGUCACUAUAACUACUUCAAUGACGUCAUAUCAAAGCACCGUAUACGGCCCACGGCUAUGACGCCCAUAUGGACGGCUGCCGCGAGUAUGCUUGGGUGGACGACGGCUGUCAUGGGGCGCGAGGCAGCAAUGGCAUGUACCGAGGCUGUAGAGACAGAAAUCGGGACCCAUUAUAAUGAGCAGGUGCGGGUGCUGUUGGACUGGGCAAAUAAAUGCAAGGAGAGGGGUGAGAGUCUGGGGCCGGAACUGGAUAAGUUGAUAGUAGAUCUUAGGAGAAUAAGAGAUGAAGAGUUGGAGCACUUGGAUCAUGCUGUAGAGAAUGAUGCUAAGAGCGCAAAACCAUAUGACUUGCUCACCGAAGUCAUACGAGGGGGGUGUCGAGGUGCGAUAUGGGUGAGUGAGCGGGUAUGA